UGUAUCAAGUAGAGGCUUCUUAUUCCUGAAGUUAAAUCCUCUUAGGAUCUAUUUCCGUUAGGUCGACAGCGUCUUUUUUUAAAUCUCCAUUAGACCCUGCUCAUUGGCUGGAUAGAACCUACGCAUGCACGCGAAAUCACACACCAAGAAGCAACAGACAAUUGUGUGAAGAAAAUUGAGCGCAGACCAUUGUGAGGUUACUUCGUGCACAGCUUCAAGACAUCGUUGUGUAAGCUUUACACAGAACCAUGUGUGAGCAGAUUGACCUGGAAGAAACGGCAACCCACACGGGUCCCAAGGGUGUUAUCAAUGACUGGAGGAGGUUUAAAUUGGAGAGCAUGGAGCAGGAAAACCUGCCACCUGCAAAACGGGAACUGCUCAGACAAAUGUCAUCCCCUCAUCGGAAAAAGGACGACUCACGGGCAAAUCUUAACCGCAAGAUGAGUGUACAAGAGUAUGAAAUGCUCAAGGAGGAGGAUGAGGGCUGUCUCAAGAAAUACAGAAAGCGGUGCAUGCAGGAGAUGCAUGACAAGCUUAGCUUUGGGCCAAAGUUUGAAGGCGUGCACGACUUGGACAGCGGGGAGGCGUUCCUUGAAGUCAUCGAGAAGGAACAUCACAGCACAGUGGUGGUAGUUCACAUCUACAAGAUUGGAGUCAAAGGCUGCGAAGAGCUCAACAACUGCCUCAACUGUCUGGCCACAGAGUAUCCCACUGUUAAGUUCUGCCGGAUUGACGCAGUUUCCUCAGGUGCUGCUGAGAGAUUCUCAGAUGAGGUGUUGCCUACGCUUUUGGUCUACAAGGCAGGUGAACUGCUGGGGAACUUCUUGGCCUGCACACAGCACUUAAAUGAGGAGUUCUUUGCUACAGAUGUCGAGGCCUUCCUCAACAGCUAUGGUUUGCUGCCAGAGAAAGAGAUGCCUAUGAUGGAUGAUGAAGAGGAGAAUGAUGUGGAGUAAAUGAUCCUUCGCGAUUGCCGAGGGAAAAAAAAAAUCACUUGUCUGGGUGGUUGUAUGUAGAGUUAAUGAGCGUUCUAGAAAAUCCUAAAAUGAUUAAAGUCUGUGUUUGAGAAGAGUUCUCUGCGAAGGCUGUUAACGUUUCAUUACCAAAGGUUUCUCUGGCAUGUUGCCCUCAAAUCUGGUUUGACUUCAUUAGACUGGAUUUAAAUUAUAAUAGUACCAUCACCCAAACAAAAACCAAACCCAAUUUGUGUUCAUAUAACUUUAACCAAAAAGGUAUUCUUUUGUUUUGCACUGUUAGAAUAUUUGUCAUAUUACAAUAAAUGGCAAAGUGCAUAAUGCAAUCAUUGAAAGUCUUUUAGCACUUGACUAGAUUGAUUAAUAAAUCCUGAAUUUAUACUACGGCCAUUCAAUUUAUCUUAAUAGUUAACCAAAGGGCUGUUUUUAGUAAAUUUACCAAAGAAGUGUGGAUGUUGUAAUCGUAUUCAGGUAAAUGAGAAGUGCAUCUAUUUUAACAUUCAGUAUUUUGUGCAUACAGUACAAUAUUUAGUAAAAGUGCAAAAUGAUUUGCGUAAGCAUCAUAUUUUGUUUAUGAUUACAGUACAGUAUAUAUGGUCAUAAUUAUAAUUUGCCCAUAAUUUUAAAGAAUAAAACAGCAUGAAAUGUC